AGCGCAGGUGGACCUAGCUGUGGCGAGACCGGUCUGUGGGGGUAAAGGGGCACUGCCGUGUGGACCCCCAUUGUAGGUGGAAGGGGACAAACAGUGCCCACCUGUACGCGCCUUCCGACGCGCGCUCCUUCUCCAAAGGUUUUGAGAGCUCCUGGGACAGGAAAUACGUCCUGUCCGAAAUGGACAAUGCCCGCGAGUCGCCCACGGACAAAGGUGGAGAGACAGGGGAGCCAGAUGAAACGGUCACUGCUCCCGGGGACCCGGGAGCUACCGAUACGGAGGGGAUCCCACAGGAAACUGACGGAGACCGAGACGCGGACUUGAAAGAAGCUGCAGUGGAGGACGGCGAGCUCAAGAGUCAGGAUGUCUCAGAUUUAACAGCAGUUGAAAGAGAAGACUCAUCAUUACUUACUCCUGCAGCCAAAAAACUGAAAAUAGAUACCAAAGAAAAGAAAGAAAAGAAGCAGAAAGUGGAUGAAGAUGAGAUUCAGAAGAUGCAAAUCCUGGUUUCUUCUUUUUCUGAGGAGCAGCUGAACCGUUAUGAAAUGUAUCGCCGGUCAGCUUUCCCUAAGGCAGCCAUUAAAAGGCUGAUCCAGUCCAUCACUGGCACCUCUGUGUCUCAGAAUGUUGUUAUUGCUAUGUCUGGCAUUUCCAAGGUUUUCGUCGGGGAAGUGGUGGAAGAAGCACUGGAUGUGUGUGAGAAGUGGGGAGAAAUGCCACCGCUACAACCCAAACACAUGAGGGAGGCUGUCCGAAGGUUAAAGUCAAAGGGACAAAUCCCCAACUCAAAGCACAAAAAAAUCAUCUUCUUCUAGACCAAAGUCUAGAAAGGCCUAUUACUGACAGAAGAAGUGCUGGUUCCAGACUUCCUGUUAAAUGAGACUUUCUGCACUGGUGCUUUAGUAUCUCAGUACUCCAAGGAUUCCAUAAUGAUUUUAAUGUCUUUCUCAGAACUCUAGUAUUUGCACGUCUAGAAGGCAUGCAGCCUGUUCCAUACUUGUCUUGACUAAUUUUGGGACCUCUUAGGACAUUUUGAGAUAUUUAAUUGUCUCUUGGCUAGCUGGAAGAAGGGUACAUGGGCCUUAACCGUCUUCUGGACAGGAGAGCUUCUUUCAGAGAGAGAAAACCUUUCCAAGAGUGCUUUGAUGGUUUCACAUUGAAGCCUGAAGUUGCUAAAACAGGUUCUUUCUUAUGUCUGGUUUUAAGUAGAUGAAACAACCAGAAACUGUUGACUUGUGCUACUCUACCAGGAAGGACACAGUGAUAGCAGCAGUAGUAGAAUAAUCUGUGCUUGUAAGCAUUUAGGGUUCUCCUGUGGAUUUUAGUGAGUGAUCAUUAAACUGUUUCCCAACUUGC